GCUAGCUAGCUUCCCACACAGCAACAUUCAAUUCUACCAAGAACUCAAACAUAUAUACAUACAAAAAUGGGAGUUUUUUACUUCAUCGUUGCCUUAUUGGCUUUAGCAUCCUCUGUUGGUUUUGCCUAUGAUCCCAGCCCAUUGCAAGACUUUUGUGUUGCAAUCAAUGAUACUAAAACUGGUGUGUUUGUGAAUGGAAAAUUUUGCAAAGAUCCUAAGCUUGCAAAUGCGGAUGAUUUCUUCUUUCAAGGAUUGGGACCUGGGAAUACUUCAAAUCCACUCGGAUCAAAAGUGACUCCAGUGACGGUUAAUGAAAUAUUAGGACUCAACACACUUGGUAUAUCUUUGGCUCGCGUCGAUUUUGCACCAAAAGGUCUAAAUCCUCCUCACACCCACCCAAGAGGCACCGAGAUUCUUGUAGUUUUGGAAGGCACACUUUACGUUGGAUUUGUUUCCUCAAAUCAAGACAAUAACCGUCUCUUCACCAAAGUAUUGAACAAAGGUGAUGUAUUUGUGUUUCCAAUCGGUCUCAUUCACUUCCAAUUGAACGUUGGUUAUGGGGAGGCUAUUGCCAUUGCUGGUCUUAGUAGCCAAAACCCUGGAGUGAUUACCAUUGCAAAUGCUGUGUUUGGAUCUAAACCACCAAUUUCUUUGGAAGUUCUCACCAAAGCCUUUCAAGUGGAUAAAAAUGUAAUCGACUAUCUUCAAAAGCAAUUCUGGUACAACAAUAGUUAAUUGUGCUUGAACGUUGAACACGUGAUUUCCUUAAGUUUGCCUCAUGUUGAGUUGAGUCUAAGAAAAUUUGACUAAUAUAGCAAAUAAAUGCAUGAGGAUAUGCAGUAUGGUUGUUUUCUUUUGUAACCUUUGUUUUGUGUGUACUUUUAACUUGUUUGAUUUAUCAUGCAAGUAUAAUAAAUAGUAUUUUGUUUCUGCUUUGGUACUUCA